CCUCUCUCUCUCUCUCUCUCUUCCUCCCUCCCUCUCUCAAAUAAUUAUUACAUCUUCCCAUCAGUUUUCAAACAGGAACACAACAAAAACACACAUCCACAUAUAAAUCACAACCCAACUUAUCCGUUUUCCCAGUACUAGUUUCUGAAUCCCAUAUAUCCCAAUCCUUUUGCCAAGUUCUUCUCUAGAAUCUAGUACAUCUGGCAUCCAUCAAACUGCCCUCUGAUUGAUUCAACAAGGAAUUGAUUUCAUGGGACGAUCACCCUGCUGCGAAAAAGCACAUACUAACAAAGGCGCCUGGACCAAAGAGGAAGACCAGCGCCUCAUUGAUUACAUCCGUGUCCAUGGUGAAGGUUGCUGGCGUUCCCUCCCCAAAGCUGCCGGGCUGCUUAGAUGUGGUAAGAGUUGCAGAUUAAGAUGGAUAAACUACCUGAGGCCUGAUCUUAAGAGAGGGAAUUUCACUGAAGAGGAAGAUGAACUUAUCAUCAAACUUCACAGUUUACUCGGAAACAAAUGGUCUUUAAUCGCUGGAAGAUUACCAGGAAGAACAGAUAACGAGAUCAAGAACUACUGGAACACACAUAUCAAAAGAAAGCUUAUAAGUAGAGGAAUUGAUCCGCAAACUCAUCGUCCUUUGAAUGAAACUGCCAAUACAACAAACAACACCGCCAAAGCCACAGCCACAGCCACAGCAACAUCCCCCGCUGAAUUGGAUUUCAGAAAAGCACCCAGAGUUGGAAAAACCAACUUCAUUACAACCCCAUCUCUGGAUUUUAAAUACAGUGAAUUUCAAGUUAAGGCCAAGGCAGAGUCCCUUGAAGAAGGCAACUGUACCAGCAGUGGCAUGACUACAGAUGAAGAACAACAACAGCAUCUACACCACCGCCAACAACAACAACAACACAAGGACAAGUAUCCAAGUAAUGGGCAAGAGUUAAAUUUGGAGCUUUCAAUUGGGAUUAGUUCUGCUGCAAAGGACUCUACUCGGGUUUCCAGUGCCAACUCUGCCGAGUCCAAACCACAGCUAGAUAAUCACAAUUACCAGUUCCUUGGACAAGCUAUGGUGGCAAAGGCUGUCUGUUUGUGUUGGCAAUUAGGGUUUCAAAGAAAUGAAAUUUGUAGGAGCUCAAAAUACAAAUGGGUUCUAUAGAUAUUGUAGACCUUUGGAUUCGUAGGGUCAACACUAUUAUUUUUUUGUUCUUCUUUUAGAAGUUUGAUAUAAAUGCUUAAUUACUAUCUUUUACCUGUCUUCUGUAAUCACUGCUAAGUACAACGAACAAGAUGUUUGCUAUCCAUCACAUCUAGAAGAGGAAAAACACCAUUGAUCACCGCUCUCUCUGUAAAACUAUUCAAUGCUUUUGGAUUCUUUUGAUUGGUUUAGUGAA